CUGGUUUGAUUUCUACAAUAAUGAGCUAACACGCCUGCAACUUAUACUGGGAUAGCUCUAGUUAAUUAAAAGAUUGUAAAAUAGUUUGUAAAAAACUGAUUACACCUGACGCGUCUUUGUUUGACGUCCCUUGGAGCUCCAAUGACAGAAGUGAAUGCGCGAGAAAGAUUGGAAUAUUGACCUAAUGCAAGAGUAGAAAUGGUUUAGUCUAAUUACCCAGGUAUACUACUGCACCUGGAAGAGUUCAGUGGGAGGAGCCACUCUGGAGGAAAACGUUAAGGAGAGCAGGUGGUGAAGGCAGUAUGACGCGAAGGAGCCACAAGCAGGACUUUCAAGCACACAGACUGGGAGGAAACAGCACUUCACCUGCCGUUCUCUACUGGACUGUAUGAGGGACUGUGGAGAAGGAUCACAGUCUGACCCCAGAGGAUAUGCCAGGAGUCUUCACCUGUUCUUUUGCAUCACUCCACUGUGUCACUGCAUGAGUUCCUCGUUAGUCUAAACCUUAAGAAAACUUCACUGGACAAGUUAGGAGCCGCAGCUAGCAGGAAAGAUCUUUUCGUGUGAAGACUGCUUUGUGUAUCACUUGAAGGAGUCCUCCGUGAGCUAGUCUUCUGUCUCCUUCUUCCUGACCUGAUCUCUUCCUCUCCCAGUGGAGAUACAAUGUUAUGAUCGACGCCCGGUGGAGAAUUUAAGCGUGUCACAACAGCAGACUUCCCAAAACUCCAACAUUCAGCAACCGAAAGUCUUUAGUGAGCUCGUGUCCAUGGCCCACCCCUAUGAGGCUUGGUUUAGACCCACCCACUCCAGUGAGAGCAGUGAGGACAUGCUGCCCUGGUGGGACCUCCACUUGGGGAACACAAGCUGGAUGGACUUCCAGAACGUCCAAAGUGGCCUCCAGACCUCCACCCAGGCUGGGGGGCUGCAGCCCACUAUCGACACCUACGAUUCGGAGCCCCAGCUCUGCGGACCCCCUUCCCACCUCCCGCCAGCCACCCAGCACCACUACACCCAGGAUGGGUUCAAGCAACUAGAUGCCACAGAGCAGGAACUCCACCUGCUGGAGAGGCCAGUAGACAGGCCCAAGAUCCACCGCCGUUCCGUGCCACGGAGCUCCGGCCAGACAGCCUGCCGUUGCCCGAACUGCAUGGAGGCAGAGACGGUGGAGCCCUGCGGCAACGAAGACGGCAAGAGGAAGCAUCUCCACAACUGCCACAUCCCCGGCUGUGGCAAAGCCUACGCCAAGACCUCGCACUUGAAGGCCCACCUCCGCUGGCACAGCGGCGACCGGCCAUUCGUCUGCAACUGGCUCUUCUGCGGCAAGCGCUUCACCCGCUCGGACGAGCUCCAGCACCACCUCCAGACCCACGAUGGCGCCAAGAAGUUCACCUGCACCAUCUGCAAACGGGUCUUCAUGAGGAACAACCACCUCACCAAGCACCUCCGGACCCACGAGGGGGCCAGGGAGGAGGGGGAGGUAGUGGCCAGCACUGGCAGCAAAGGCUUCGAGCCAAACCCUGACGUCCACCUCAAACCCAAACCUGAGCUCAGCGCCAUGCCUGGGUGGGGCAGCCAUCCCAACUGAACGCACAGCGACAACCAGACAAGCCCGCGAAAGUGAUGAAAAUGCAUCAAAGGGUGCCGCAGGAAUCUUUUUUUUAGACUAGCGUUCUAGUCUACAAGGUAAAUAAGGCGUGCCUCAAUAGCUAUGCGCUGUACAAACUUCAUUUGAGACUGGCACCGACUAGAGUUUGAGACUUUUUUACAUUGCUUUUUUUAUUGCUUUUCUUUUUUUAAUGAAGCACUUAAAGGAUUGUUUUUAUUUUCCCUCCAAGAUGAUUAAAGUCCCACUGCCAGUCAGGAUUCUACAUGUCCUUUUUUUCUUAUUUUUAAUAAAUCCUACAACAGUAGAUGGCACUGUGGCUACAGCUGAUCCAGUCUGGUUUACUUUCAAAUCACAUGUAAUAAAUUGUGCACUGACUGUGGCUCACAAACUGAAAUAAUUAGUGAAAAAAUAAAAACAAAUUACUGAAACUGUUGAAUUACUGUUUGACCUGUACUGUACAAACAGUUUUUUUUUUUUUUUUUAACCUUGAAAUAUUUAAUUUUUUUAAAUUAAGGGCUUUUACAGGAAAUCAAUGUUAUUAUUGAUGAUUGUUAUUGUUUUUACUUUUUUUUAUAUUCAUAAUUCAGAAAUAUUUGCAUAACACAUGAUUCCACACAGGGUCAAUUCCUGUUUUUCCAUUCCAAUGCCAGUUCCAAUUUGGAAUUGGAAUUGGAACUGGAAUUGGAAUUGGAACUGGAAUUGGAAAACAGGAAUUGAUCCCAACUUUUAUUCUAUAGACUAAACAAGACAAUAAUAUAUAUCUAACCUGCUGAUGACUUUUGAAUUCAGGUUGAAAAUGAAGUAAAAACUUUUUCCAUUUUUUUCUUUAAAUCUCAUAAUUUUCUGAGCUCAUGAAUCAAAUGAAAACACCUCACUGUUCAAAGAACCAAAACGACAUGGAGAGUUAAAGCACUCUGCUAGUUCAUCUCAGGGCACAUAAUGACAUAUAAUACAUAUUUAAUUAAAUAAUGGAAAUUAAAUUCACCAGUAUCCGCAAUGUGUUAAGUGGUGUAUGUCAUAUUUAAACUUGAUAUUGUGUUUGUUGGGACUGCUCUAAAUUUCAAAACAUGUAAAUAUUAGUGGAAAUAGCGGUUUAACUUGUAGUAUAGGGUUAGUUUCUUUUGUCUGUGAUUAUGUUUUUAGUCUGAAUUUCAGCGGGUUGAUGAUGUACCAUGAUUUCUUUCCUGAAGUGUUCAAUUCAAGAGGGAAAUUUGCACAAUUGCGCAGUUUUCCAUGCUUCAUCCGUUACAAUAAACUCAAUGGUGCUAUGUAAUAACAGUAAAAAAGAAAAUGUUCCAGUGGUUAAAGAAAUGGGCUUGUAACCAAGAGAUCCCCGGUUGAAAUCCCACGUCAGCCAUUGACUCAUUGUGUGACCCUGAGCAAGUCACUGAACCUCCUUGUGCUCCGUAUUUCGGGUAAGACGUAGUUGUAAGUGACUCUGCAGCUGAUGCAUAGUUCACACACCCUAGUCUCUGUAAGUCGCCUUGGAUAAAGGCGUCUGCUAAAUAAACAAAUAAUAAUAAUAAUAAUUUUGAAAACCAAUUUGAAGUGAAGCGCUUUUGAGAAUAUAUUCCCAGUAUAAUAAUAAUUUUUAUAUAGUGCCUUUCAUAGUGGAGCACCAUCACAAAGCAUUUUACAAGAUACAAGACGAGGGUGUGUAAACUAUGCAUCAGCUGCAGAGUCACUUACAAUUACGUCUCACCUGAAAGACGGAGCACAAGGAGGUUAAGUGACUUGCUCAGGGUCACACAGUGAGUGAGCCGGGAUUUGAACUGGGGACCUUGUGGUUACAAGCCCAUUUCUUUAACCACUGGACCACAACAGCCUCCUAAUAUAUACCCCAUUUAGUUGAGAUUUAUUUUAUUUUAUUUUUUAGGAAUUUGAAAUUGUGUGUGGAGAAGUUGCCCUGCUGUAAUUUUGAAAAAAAUCAAAAAAAUAUCUAUGCAUUAUAAAAUAGAUACAUAGAUAGGAAACUUAACAUGGUGCAAUUGUGACUUAGGGGGAUAUAUUGUCUUUAAAAUAUACGAAUGGUGACAUUGAGAAAGUCUUCUAGUGGAAAUGAAUUGUAUACGUUUCUUUUACUACAUAAGCGUUCAUCACAAUUGAUAUAUUUUAGAAGGGAUGGUUCGUCGGGUUUUUCUUCACACACACUGUAACACUUUUGCAGUGAAUCCAGUAAGGCUGAACAAAGUACCGGGGUUCAGACACCAGCUCUGGUAAAACGCAUAGCUUUUCCAGUCCAGUAUUGUGAUUAAGCAGUAGCAGAAGUGUUGUGUGGGCAUGUAAAGCAGCACCUCACAUAUGAAGAAGGGUUUUUGUUAUAAUGUGAAAUGCAUAGAAAAAGUUUGGACUGUCUGAAAUAAACAUGUUUUGCAGCCACA